AUGGCAGAAUUGAGAAAGUCUAUAACUGUGCAAGAACAACGCGCAUUUUUGAAAAUUUGUACUCUACUGAAUUAUUCAACUGGACUAUCGGGAAAUCUUUUGCAAAAAGCAGUAGGCAAGAACGCGCUCAAGAAAAGUGCAGUGAUUAAUUGGAUGAAAUCGUUCAAGGACGGACAAAUACUGAGGAUGCACCCAGGUCGGGUCGACCGAGAUCGCCUUCCAGACAAGAAAGGAAGAAUAUUAAGAGACGAUUUAUGUCUGGUGUCCAAGCUCGGCGAAAAUGUUCCUCAUUCGUCGUCGCCUUCCCAGAAGGAGAAGCGAGUUAAUAUUGCACAUAUGAACUUGUCGUGGCUUAGUCAUCGCAAAGAUGACUUAAGAAGAUUCAUUUGCCUGGACGAAAUUUGGGUCGAAUUUUUCACCCUCCUUCAAAGACAUCAAACACGCUCCUGGGUUGGACCAGGCACAUCAGCCGAGCCCAUACCACGCGCAGAGUUGCACGAGAGAAAGGUCUUGCCGAUAGUAGGCAUGGAUGUUCAUGGCGUGGCGUUUUGGAAAACUUAUGAGGAAAAUAUCACAAUGACAGCCGAGCGCUAUAAAUCGUUUUUAGAGGAAUAUAUCCCAAAAUGGGCGAUACAUCGCAACAUCAGAGCACCAGUUCUACUGCAUGACAACGCUAGACCCCACAAAGCCUACGUAGUUCAGGAGUUGAUCGAAGACAGGAGUUGGAUUGAGUUGCCGCAUCCACCAUAA